GUGUGGGGACGCGCUCUUCGUCGCUGAGAGCCUGAGCAGAGGAGCAGUUGCUGUGGUACUUGCUGCUGCUGCCGGUGCGGACGCAGAACAUCGGACGCGAGCGCUGUUGCGUGGGGCAGGAAGGUGAAGCCAUGACGUCCGUCAGCGAAAAUGUUCUCUUUGGAAUGGGAAAUCCUCUUCUUGACAUCUCCGCUGUAGUGGAUAAGAAUUUCCUUGAUAAGUAUUCUCUGAAACCAAAUGACCAAAUCUUGGCUGAAGACAAACACAAGGAACUGUUUGAUGAACUUGUAAAAAAAUUCAAAGUCGAAUAUCAUGCUGGUGGCUCUACCCAGAAUUCAAUGAAGGUGGCCCAGUGGAUGAUUCAGCAACCACACAGAGUAGCAACAUUUUUUGGAUGCAUCGGAAUGGAUAAAUUUGGGGAGAUCCUGAAGAAAAAAGCUGCUGAAGCCCAUGUGGAUGCUCAUUACUAUGAGCAGAAUGAGCAACCAACAGGGACUUGUGCUGUGUGCAUCACUGGUGACAACAGAUCCCUUGUAGCUAAUCUUGCUGCUGCCAAUUGUUAUAAAAAGGAAAAACAUCUUGAUGUGGAGAAAAACUGGAUGUUGGUAGAAAAAGCAAGAGUUUAUUAUAUAGCAGGUUUUUUUCUUACGGUUUCCCCAGAGUCGGUACUAAAAGUGGCUCGCCAGGCUUCUGAAAACAACAAAAUUUUCACUUUGAAUCUGUCUGCACCAUUUAUUAGUCAGUUCUUCAAGGAAUCGUUGAUGAAAGUUAUGCCUCAUGUUGACAUACUUUUUGGAAAUGAGACGGAAGCUGCCACUUUUGCUAGAGAGCAAGGCUUUGAGACUGAAGACAUUAAAGAAAUGGCCAGAAAGACACAAGCUCUGCCAAAGGUGAACUCGAAGAGGCAGCGAAUCGUGAUAUUCACCCAAGGGAGAGAGGACACUAUAGUGGCUACAGAAAGUGAAGUCACUGCUUUUCCUGUCUUGGAUCAAGACCAGAAAGAAAUUGUUGAUACCAAUGGAGCUGGAGAUGCAUUUGUUGGAGGUUUUCUGUCUCAGCUGGUCUCUGACAAGCCCCUGACUGAAUGCAUUCGUGCCGGCCACUAUGCAGCAAGCGUCAUAAUUAGGCGGACUGGCUGCACCUUUCCUGAGAAACCAGACUUCCACUGAUUGAAAAGCAGGAAACCCAAGACCAGAAGUACAGACACUACCCUGAUUGCUUCCUGAGAAUUCUCAUAUCAAUAAAGAAGAAAAUUAUCUGCCAUCUUUUCCUACUAUAAUAAUGUUCAUUCUUAAUUUAGAGGAUACAGUAAUGCUCAGUAGAAUCAUUAUUCUCUCAAUAACCUAAAAAAAUGUUUAUUUCCAUGGUUUGAUAGUGCCACUUAAAAAUGUCAAUUAAACAGAAGUAUAACAUUUCAAUAGAAAUUUUUAUUUCAUUUUCAGUUACUUUGUAAAAUCACAUGUAUUUAGCAAAUUGAUCAGUUUUUUUCCCUACAUUUCUGCUUUGAAUGCAGAUGCAAUUUAAUAUAAUAGAUUUUUAAAAAGAAAUUAAUCCUAACACAUCAAUCUUUAGCUUUUUAUACAAGUAUACUUAAUUUAGGAGUACCUAUGUGUGUAUGUGACACAUAUACACACACACAUACAUAUAUGUACCACAUAUAUACAUGAUAAAUGGUCAAAGUACAGAAAUAUUUAUCCUGCCAAGAUAUGCCAAAUAAUCUCUUCAGUGCUUGCUCAAACAUGUAAUAAACUUUGGAUAAUUAAAUAAUUUGCCAAAUUAUGUUAUAUUACAAUAUUCAAAUUAUUAUCUUAUAUACUUAUGUUACUCUGUAAUUUGAUACAAAUAAAAAUUGUCAUAAAGGAA